CAGCGCAGCUGUCAAAAGUGUCAAAUCGUUCAAAAUUACCACGAAUGCCGAUUCGUGUUGUUGCGACGUAUUUAUAGUUUCUCUGAAAGUUGUGUUAAUUUUGAAAUAAACAAUUUAAUUUUAUCAAUUUAACAAUGGAGUCAGAAGUAGUGAAGGAAAAAAUACACACAGAACCUAUGCUGAACGACCCCAAAUACAUAACCUUACUUAGCUUGAUUGUGCUUAUUUUUACACUUGUAUUCUGGUGGUUAUUCUCCCGCCGCCGCCACCAGAGGCGCUCAGUGCUACUCACAGGGCUCUCGGACUCCGGCAAGACCCUGCUGUUUGUCCGAAUGGCAUACUCACAGUACCGUCAGACUUUUACAUCUAUGAAGGAGAAUGUGGAAGACUAUGCUGUUGGUAGUAAAACCCUUAAGCUAGUGGACUUGCCUGGGCAAGAGAGGCUGCGGAAUAAGUUCUUUGACCAGUACAAGAGCAGCGCCAAGGGCAUUGUCUAUGUCGUUGACUCUGAGACGGUGCAGAAGGAAAUCAGAGAUGUUGCCGAGUAUUUGUACACCAUCCUCUCCGAUCCCACAGUGCAGAGCAACUCGCCUCCGGUGCUCAUUCUGUGCAACAAGCAGGACUUGCCUCUGGCCAAGGGCAGCCAAGUUAUAAAGGGCUUGUUGGAGAAGGAACUCAACCUAGUCCGGGUCACCAAAUCCAACCAGCUGCAGUCCGUGGCGCCGGCCGCGCCGCGCGCCGGGCUGGGCGCGGCGGGGAAACCGUUCGAAUUCUCACAACUCAGCAGCAAAGUUGAGGUGGUGGAAGGCUCAGCCAAUGCAGACGACGACGAUGCGCCCGCGCAGCUGAGCGCGCUGCAAGAAUGGAUCUCCAAACUUUAGGUUAUUACCUAUUUGUAUACUGAUUAUUUAAUUAAUGACAUUAUCCCGAGUAACACGAAGCGUUCACGAUUUGUAACACUAUUGAUUGGGCAAAUAUAUCAGCAUGUUUGUCUCCCUUACUUUUUUGGACACGUUUUGACGAUAUUUUGAUGACAUUUUUUUUUUAAUUUAUUUCGAAAACAAACAGCCUUUUACAAAUAUAUCUUAAGUAAAUGAACUAAAAAUAGGCCUAAAGUUUCCUACAUUACUAAGAAAACUAUUACAUAGAAAUGUAAAUUACGCAAUUAUAAAUUACCGGUUUAGUUGUGUACUACAUGCAAGUAAGGUAAGAAAACAUACAAAACUAUGAAAAUUAUGACAGGAACCAAAUUGAUCAAUUUCUAGAAAACAAAAUUUGAAUUUGAACACGGACAAACUAUGAACAAAAAUAUCUAUAUCGUUAGAGAUUCGUUAGUCAAUUUGUGUAAUAAUGUCCUAUAAAAAAAGAAAAGAAAGAAAGAAGAUUAUACAAAUAACAAGUGCGCCUAAAGAAAGAGUUUUAGCAUACUAUGUGUAUUUUUGUUUGGUUUCUUUCUUUUUACACCCAAACCACCAGAAAUAUUAAAAAAUAAUAUUCAAAAAUGUAAUAUAUGUAUGUAUGUUGUAUGUAUAUGUAAGUAGGCCUCGGUGGUAGGAGGGGGGAGGGGGGGGGGUUUAGCAUUAGAAAAAAUGUAAACAAUCUUGACAUGUCUUUUUAUUAAAAAAACGCUUUUUAAAAGUCAGUAACUGGGUUAAUUUGGAGAUAUAAAAGGUCCUCAAUGUCAAAGAAAUACUAAUAAGGUUUGGAGGUCUAAAGGCACUCCAAGCGCAAAAACGUGUCCAAAAAUAUUAGGCGUCCGAAACUCCUGUGAUAUUGACCCUAUUAUAACGAUACCUAAAUACGUCAUUUUCAAUUAAAAGGUACCACACUCCCGCUUUCCAUAAGGAAGAAAUUUGCUUGUGUCUUUACAGGCAAAUUUCGUCGACAAAGUGGUACCUUUUGACUGAAAAUGACACAUACUCGGGAUGGCGUACUUUUAUGAAUUUGUUAUUUUAAAUGAACUACGCUAUUGGAUGUGUGUUCGACAAUGGCGCCCGCUUCGCGGCUAUGCGACACAUAAGUAAUUUUACAGCUAACAUAUGUGUUUUCAUAAAACUCUUCGAAGCGUAAUAAUUUUCAUAAAUUGAUGUCAAGUUUAAAAUGUACCCUAUAAGUACCGUCAUUACUGUCAUGCACAUAGCCGAUAGGAAUGGCUUUUUUCCUCGCAAAGAGAGCGGGCGUGAACUACAGUUCCCUUGUUUUUUGUACGAUGUGUCAAAAACAAGUUUAAGUUUCCAAUUUAGGUCACUAGAUGGCAGACUCCAACACGCACGGUGGCUAUCAGAGAUUCAUAUUGUGAGAGAUGUUUAGGUUAAAACAAAUUCGUAAUUUGACAGCUGAUUAAAUCGGGCUGUACAGUCAGCCAAGAAAGUGGUUUACCACUGUACUCUGUAUUGUCGAGUUCACAAAGACCUUUACAAGCCAAUAUCCCAAAAACAUAUUUACACGCCUCUAACGAUGGUAUUCCCCUGUCCAAUUUUAUGGUCUAAUGUGUAUUUGCAUCUCACAUUUUCCUUAAUAAGAGAGUGAGACGCAAUGCACAUUGGACAAAGAAAUUGGACAGGUGGAAUACCAUCCUAAGACAUUGACUGAACUCGAUUCUCAGUACAUUAUGCGGUAACUGAAAUUUUCAAAUGUUGACGUUUGACAAUAGGGUUCACCGGUCUAAGUAUUUUACAGAUGGCGCCACAUUUACCUGUCAAUCCUAUGGAUAGCGUUUUCUCUCGGCAUGCCUAAAACGUUUUAUGACUUAGUCGUGUUUUUACUAUACUUCAAUCUCCAGUGGCAUUAAGACUAUCUAGUUUGCGGACUAUUUCGCUUUUUGUCUAUAUAGUGGACUGCCUGUUACGAUGAAGAACUCAAAGUGACAUUUUCACGUUUUGCCUAAAAUGGGUAUUUGAAUAGCGUAAUGUAUAAUUAUUUUACUGAAUACAUCGCGUUUUGCCUAAACUUUAAAGAUACGAAGCUUAUUUUCCUAAUAGGUUUUCUAACCAUUCGCAUAACUUGGAUCACUUUUCUUAUUUUAAUUAAUAAAUCAAUAUCGUACAAUAAAAUAUGUUUGAUGUCGGAUCUGGCACUGUUUUGGUCGCAGUUCACCUAACACGCUCCUCGCUUCGCUCGUUGUCGCAGCUAUCUAAGCUCGAUCAUAUCAUAGUCCAAAUGCGUUUGAGACCUAAAGCUAUAUAGCCCAGACAGUUUUAGUCCUAACGGUUUUUAGUCUACAUUCUGAUAGGUAGACUACAUGCGCUUAAGACCUAAAGCGAUAUAGGCCAAACAGUUUUAGACCUAAUAUGGAUCGGUUCAACAGAGAUGAAGGCAUAAUGAUAAUUAAAAUUGGUGUUUAAGAAUAUAAGCGACGUAGGCUAUGUAUAAGUUAAUGUUAAUGUUAGCUUGAAUUACAUAAUACAAUGACCUGUGAUCAAUAACAGUAUGUGAUAACCACUCUGAAGUUUAAGUUUUAACAUACCAAGGUUUCAAUAUACAUACGUAUGCAAAAGCGGCUAUAGUUAUUAAUAUUUACAAUACUAGUUGAUGGAGGGUAGAUUUAGUUUUUUCUUUUUCUGCCAACAAACUGUACUGCAGUUUGGCAGAUUAGUAGUUUAAGGCUUUUUGUAAUCUUCUUUUGAUUCAAAUAAAUUAAAAAAAAAAAAAGUAAAAAACGUUUUAGGCACGUGGAGAACAUAGGGUUGCCACAACGUGUGGUGCCCUACAGCGCCAUCUUCAGCUGUCAAACUCGGGGACACGAUUUUUGUCACUCUUUACAGCUCUUAUACAAUCAAUGAAUCUAUGCUUAAGUAAGGACGCUAAAAACGAAGAAUUUCGUUCAUUCACCCAUCAUUUCUUAUUUCUAUCGCACGCGCAUGAUCGUAUUGCUGUUCCGCUCGCACGCUAGUGUUGACCACCGGCACCAUGAGCGGGACAGCAAUAUAACGCGCGAUAGAGAUAGGAAAUGGCGCGUCAAUAUACUGAUAUUAAAUAUCGUCACGGACAAAUUGCCAAAAAUAUGUAUAAAGGACCUUAUAGUCCAUAUAAGUAAAUAUUCUUUAUUGCGCACCAUAUAGUUAAAAAAUAAACAGGAAAUUAAAAACACUUAAAUGUUAGGUAACAACAGGCGGUCUUAUCGCGAUCUCUUCCAGACAACCUUUGGGUAGCAGGAAGCUAUGAACUUACAACAUUGAACGGGUAGUGCCUACGUACAUAUAUUUUUGGCAUUUUAUCCGUGUUUAUAUUAAUACCCAUCAUCUAUCAUUAUGCUGAGUUGGGUCCAUUUCGUGAUGCACACUUGAUUUAUUCUUUUCUUGCUUUAAAGUUUGUACAUGUUCGUACAUGUUUUGUGAUCGUCACGAAUAAAUAUCUUUUAUCUUUUCGUACUUAGCUUAAUUUAUAAUAUGAAGAGCGCUAAGACAAUAGUGAAAGUGUACAAUUUGAAGUAUUUUUGUAUUUUGGGGAUUUUAUUGUGAAAAUUGUAUGUAUGGUUGAAUGUAAGUGUUGUCGGCUAUUAAUGCAUUUAUUCGGAACAUAUUGUCGAGCAAAAUUUUAAAUAAAGCUUGCUUAAAUA